GUUACAAUACAUUGGUUAUUGGUAUAUUACAAUAAUAAAAUCGAAUAUUUUAAUCUGAAAAACAAGCUAAAAUUGUAAUAGUAGUUUCGCCACUUAAAAUUGUCGAAUAUACCAAAAUAUUUCCCGCCACAACUUAGCAUUAUUUGUUUGAUCAAAACAAGAGCAAAGGGGAAACUUAAAAAGAUUUUGACCAUGAAUUAUCUUGAAAGUAUUGAAGUUGAAAACUUCAAAUCUUAUCGUGGGAAAAUUCUAAUCCCAUUCAAAAAGUUCACUGCUAUAAUUGGACCAAAUGGAUCAGGAAAGUCCAACCUUAUGGACGCCAUCAGUUUUGUCCUUGGUGAGAAGACGAGCAGUUUACGAGUGAAGAAAUUAUCGGAUUUAAUUCACGGAGCUCCGAUUGGUCGACCAAUAUCUACACGGGCUAGAGUUACUGCUACUUAUUGUAAUUCAAAUGGAGAAAAGACAGAAUUUACGAGAAUAAUCAAAGGAACUUCCGCUGAGAAUCGUAUCAAUGAUAAAGUGGUGACACACGCAGAGUACAACAAAGAAAUGGAAAAAAUCAAUAUUUUCAUCAAAGUGAAAAACUUUCUUGUCUUCCAAGGUCAAGUUGAAUCAAUAGCAAUGAAAAACCCAAAAGAGCGAACCCAGUUAUUUGAGGAGAUCAGUGGGUCGGGUGAGUUUAAAGAGGAAUAUGAGAAAGCAAAGUCAGAAAUGAGCAAAGCAGAGCAAGAAACACAAUAUUCCUUUCACAGGAAAAAAGGAAUUGCUGCGGAAAGGAAGGAAGCGAAACAGGAAAAGGACGAAGCUGAUAAAUAUCGUAAGUUGAGAGAUGAUUAUUCCAACCUUCGACUCCAACUGAUGCUCUUCAAACUCUUCUAUAAUGAGAAGGAGAUUGAAGCCAUACGAGCUGAAGCUGAUACAAAGAACAAAGACAUUCGCCACCAUAUAAGGAAACGCGAGAAAUAUGAGGAGGAGAUAAAGAGGAAGAAGCAGGAGCAAGGGAAGAUGAUGAGAGAACUCUCCGCUCUUGAAAGGGCGAUUCAGGAGAAGGAAACGGAGUUAAAUAGGAAACGUCCAAUGUAUAUUAAGGCGAAAGAAAACACCAACUUUGUGAUGAAGAAAGUUGAAUCUGCGAAGAAAUCGUUGCGUACAGCGGAGAACCGACACGAGAGUCACAUGCAUGUAAUAGAAGAUCUACAGAAACAACUGCAGGAAAUUGAGGAAAGAAGAAAAGAGUUUGAUGGACAGGUGGAGCUAGAGAGCCAGACUGAGGGUCGAGAUUUGGAACUUGAAGAAUCUCAGAUCACAGAGUACAACAGGUUGAAAGAGGAGGCAGCUAAACGAUCAACUGCUCUCAAUACAGAGAUUGAGAAACUUCAGCGAGAACAGCAAACUGACCAAGAGAAGUUGGAUGCUGAGCGCCGUAAAAAGAGCGAGUUAUGGUCCCAACAGAAACAGAAGAAAAAAGAACUUGAAGAAUCAAAGUCCCGAGUUGAUAAGUUGAAAGAUUACAUUGAAACGAGCCAUACCACACUACAAGAACAUAAGAAACUGAAAGUGGAUUUAGAAAAGCAGGUUCAAAGUUCGUUCGAGAGAAUUCGUGAGAUCAACAUCGAGUUGGAGGAAGUGAUGAAAAAGCAAGGAGAUGCAAAAGUGGAUCGGACCGAGAGCUCGAGGCAAAAACGUCGACUCGAAUUGCUUGAAACUCUUCGCAGACUUUUCCCUGGAGUGUAUGGACGUGUAUUAGAUCUAUGUGAGCCAAUCCACAAUCGCUACAAGAUAGCCAUCACCAAGGUGCUUGGGAAAUACAUGUAUGCUAUCGUGUGUGACUCUGAAAAGACAGCAAGAGAUUGCAUUCAAUAUAUGAAGGAACAAUGUGCGGAACCUGAGACUUUCUUGCCUUUGGAUUAUAUUGAUGCAAAACCAACGAACGAACAGCUUAGAACCAUUAGAGAACCAAACGGGGUGAAACUUGUGAUAGAUGUAAUAAAAUAUGACUUGCCUGCUAUUAAAAAAGCUUUACAAUUCACUUGCGGCAACUCGCUUGUGUGUGAAAGCGCUGAAGAUGCGAGAAAAGUUGCGUUUGGUCAAGUACAAAAACACAAGGAUGGUUUUGGAGGCUCAGAUGUUCAAAGAAGAAACCAGGCUGUGGCCCUGGAUGGGACUUUGUUCCAAAAAUCGGGAGUUAUUUCGGGUGGUGCAACUGAUUUAAAGAGGAAAGCUCAGCGCUGGGACGAAAAAGUUUUGGAUAUUCUGCAAUCUAAGAAGGAAAAACUGACAGAGGAAUUGAAACAAGAAAUGAAGAAAAAGAGAAAAGAAGCAGAUCUUAAAAACAUCAUCAGUCAAAUUGGAGGAUUACAAAACCGGAUCAAAUACUCUCAAAAUGAUCUUGAUAACACGGAGAAGGGGAACAUGAAGGAACACAAAGAGAAAAUUGAAGAAUUGGAUCGUCUCCUGCAAGGUUUUGAGCCUCGUUUCAUGGAGAUAGAAGAGAGAAUGAGAACAAGAGAAGGAGAGAUAAAUUGUUUCCGAGCGAGCAUGAAUGAAGUUGAAGAUCAAGUGUUCCGAAACUUCUGCGUUCUCAUUGGUGUUCCAAACAUUCGUGUUUACGAGGAGAGAGAAUUAAGAAGACAACAGGAGACUUUGAAAAAGAGGUUGGAAUUCGAUAACCAGAAAUCUCGUGUAACAAACCAAUUGGAAUAUGAGAACUCGCUUGAUACAAAUCAGAAUGUGGAGAAAUGGAGAGAAAUGAUUAAAAAUGAUGAAGCAAAUAUAAGCCAUCAUAAAGAGGAAGAGAAAAAAGCAAUGAAGUUAAUCCAAGAGACUGAAAAUGCUCUUCAAGAAGUAAAGUCAAAGAAAAUACAGAAGAGACGAGAUUGUGAUGAGAAGACAACGGAAAUUGAAGAUGUGAGAAAAGACCUUGGGAAACUCAAUAAGGAAAUGGCUCAGUUCCAAAAGGUGAUCACAUCUCAGGAGUUAAAGAUUGAACAGAAGAGGGAACAAAAACACUCCCUCCUCCAGCAAUGUAAGAUGGAAGAUAUUUCUCUUCCAAUGAAAAGAGGAACGAUGGACGACAUUGAUGAAUCGGAACAUUUGUCCGAAUCCAGCAAUGCAUUAAGUCAAAGUACGAGCGCCGUUUAUGAUAAAGAAGCAAAGUUGGAGCUUGAUUAUCGAAAACUACCAUCUGAUUUACGGAAUUUAGAGCUUGAUGAAGUGAAGCGUGAAGGAGAGCGCUUGCAGUCGCGCAUGAAUGAUUUAUCAUCAACAAUUCAACGAUUCGUUGCCCCGAACAUGAAAGCACUCUCUCAUCUUGAUGAAGUUAAGCGACAAUAUCAUGAAUCGAAGGAUCAGUUCGACAGCUACAGGAAACGGGCUCGUAAACACAGACAGGAUUUUGAGAUGGUUAAAAAGAAGCGUGUGGAACACUUUAACCAAUGCUUCGAUUAUGUGGCAACUAAAAUUGAUGACAUUUACAAAGAUUUAUCAAGAAAUAAUAGCGCACAGGCUUUUCUAGGACCAGAGAAUACAGAAGAACCAUAUUUGGAAGGUAUAACCUACAACUGCGUAGCACCAGGAAAGCGAUUUCGACCGAUGGAUAAUUUAUCUGGUGGUGAAAAAACUGUUGCUGCCCUCGCUCUUAUAUUUGCCAUUCAUGAUUAUCAACCUUCGCCUUUCUUUGUGUUGGAUGAGAUAGAUGCUGCUUUAGACAACACAAACAUUGGUAAAGUAGCGGAAUAUAUCAAACAAAUGUCAAACCGAGUCCAAUGUAUCGUGAUAUCACUAAAGGAGGAAUUCUACAACAGAGUUGAUGCGUUAGUUGGUAUUUAUCCUCAGCAAAUUGACGGCUGCAUUUCAAGUCGGGUUAUCAGUCUUGAUCUGUCAUGUUAUCCGGAACAAAUCGAGGCUUGAACAUAAAACAUCCCAAGUUGAAAAGUUUAUUAAAUGUUCUUGGAAUACAGUUUGUACAUACAUGUUACAUGUUGUUAUGUUUAACUGCCAAUAAAUGUUCGCACGAGA